GAGAAAGAGUAGUAGUAGUAGUACUAGUACUAUAGCUUAGUUUAGCUUUUAACUUAGCUGAGUUUCUUCUUGGAUUUCUUUCAUUAUAAGCUCAAAAUCCCAAAAAAAAAAAUACUCAGAGAAAUCAGAGAGAGCCAGAUUUUUCUUGAUGGGGUUCUUCAUCUAAUUUCAGGCUAUAAUUAUAGGAAAAAAUAGAAGGUGGUGGUUAGUUUUAGAUUUGGGUUUUCUGUAGUAAACUUAUUAACUUUGAUUGAUUACAAUUAUAGUGUUUGAAGUUUUGAGCUUUAUAUAGAAAUAAAUAUAAAGACUGGAUCUUUCAUAUGGGAAUAAGAGAAAGAAGAGAGAGAAAGAGAUAGAGAGAGAGAGAAACACUACUAUACUACUACUACUUCUAGUACUACUCUUACUACUAAUUACUACUCAUUUCACAAGUUGGGUUGGUAAAUUUUCUUAGAAAAAUUUCAACUUAAACAACAAGAAGAAGAACAAGAAGAAGAAAGUUUGGUUUUUUAAUUUUUGGUGGGUUAGUGUUGGUUGUGAAAGAAAAAAAGAGAGUAAAGAUCACAUUUUUAUAGCAAACCCAACUCUUUUUCUUCUUCUUUUUUUUAGCUAUGGAUUCUUAUGAAGCUACAAGAGUAGUUUUCACAAGGAUUCAGAACAUUGACCCAGAAAACGCUUCAAAAAUCAUGGGUUUACUUCUAAUCCAAGAUCAUGGUGAGAAAGAGAUGAUUAGAUUAGCAUUUGGUCCUGAAACUUUACUUCACUCUGUUAUUCUCAAAGCUAGAAAAGAUUUAGCCAUAACUUCUUCUUCAUCAUCAUCUUCACCACCAUUAACACCGUCAACAACAGUUAACGGCUCCGUUAACUUAUCUCUAACAAUCCCAAACUCAAACCCAACUUCAUGGGUUGAUGAGUUAACAAUUAGCCCCCAAAAAAACUCAUCUUCAUCUUCCUUAAACUCAUCAUCUUUACCCUUUUAUGCAAAUAAUAAUGAUAAUAAUAUCAUAAUAGAUGACUUUCAUCUUCAAAACCCAGAUUUGUUUUACCAAGAUUACUUGUCUUCUUCAAGUCCAACUGAUCAUCACCAAGCCGUUUGGUCAAACUCCUCUGUUAAUCAUAGAAGGAGUUGCUCUGUAAGUGAUGUGUGCCUCAAUACAGAGGAUCCCAACUCUGGUUUUGGAUGGAAGCCUUGUCUUUACUAUGCUAGAGGGUAUUGUAAAAAUGGAACAAGUUGCAGAUUCUUGCAUGGAGUUGGAGUUGGAGUUGGAGACAAUAACAACAACGGCUCAGCUUGUGGCUCAGAUGGCUCAUCACCUAAGCUUGAUAACAUGAUGGCUGCUGCUGCAGCUGCAGCUGAGCCAUGUCAUCAUGAGCAACAGCUUCUCAGAUCUAAGUCAGCUCAUCAACAAAGACAACACUUAGCUGCAGCUUCUCAGCUCAUGGCUGCUGCAGCUAACUCAUUUCCUUACUCACCAAAGUCUAUGAAUUUUCUUCUCCAACAGCAAAAUGAAACUCAAAGGUCAGCAGCUGCAGCAGCAGCAGCUAUGAUGAUGGGUGGUGAAGAUUUACAUAAAUUUGGUAGAUCAAGACUUGAAAGGAAUGAUUUUGCAAUGAAUGGUGGUGUUAAUCCAGCUUCUAGACAGAUCUACUUGACUUUUCCAGCUGAUAGUACUUUUAGAGAAGAGGAUGUUUCAAGCUAUUUCAGUAUUUAUGGACCAGUUCAAGAUGUUAGAAUUCCAUACCAACAGAAGAGAAUGUUUGGGUUUGUGACUUUUGUAUAUGCAGAGACAGUGAAGCUCAUUUUGGCUAAAGGAAAUCCUCAUUUUGUUUGUGAUGCUAGGGUUCUUGUUAAGCCUUACAAAGAGAAAGGCAAAGUCCAGGACAAGUACAGGAAGCAACAGCAACCACAAGUGGAAAGAGGUGAUUUUUCACCAUGUGGUACUCCAACUGGACUUGAUUCUAGAGACCCUUUUGAUCUCCAACUUGGAGCAAGAAUGUUUUAUAAUUCUCAAGAUAUGUUAUGGAGAAGAAAAUUAGAAGAACAAGCUGAGUUACAACAAGCUAUUGAACUUCAAAGUAGAAGAAUUAUGGGUUUACAACUUCUUGAUGUGAAAAAACAUCAUCACCAUAGAGCAUUAUCUUCUGGUAGCCCAAUUCAAUCACCAACUCAAUCUCCAAAUUUGUACACUCAAAAUCUUGUCUUUUCUUCAAUUCAAAACAACAACAACAACAACUCAUCAUCAGAAGUCUCACAAUAUGAAAAUGGCUCUGGUACUCCAACUCCGAAUUCUUCAUCGGAUCUGCCAAUUGGGAAAGAAUCAAACUCCAAUGACGAAAACAGCAACGAUAGAGAAAGCCCCCGUGAUGAAAUCGGCGAUUUGUUAGAUAGUUUGGAGCAUAAUCUUCCUGAUAGUCCAUUUGCAUCACCAACAAAAGGAGCAGGAGAAUACAACAUGGCUGCUGGCUUCUCAGCCAAUAUUGCCACUGAAAUCAAUGACUUAGAUUCUUCUUCAAUUCUUCCAACUGCUACAACAUUGGACAUGGGAUCUUUCAAGUCUUUCAAUUGUCAAAUGCCAAGGUUCUCUUCUACUCAUGGUGCUAUUGGUAUGUAUGCAGGCACACCCGGUGGCCCAAAAUGCCCAGUUGGAAUUUAGCUUUCUGAAUAGGAAGAUGAAUAAAGAAUAACCCCCUUAAAAAAAAACAAAAGAAAGUCAUAUAAAUAUGUAGAGAAUCAUCAUCAUCAACAUCAACAUGAUCAACCUCAUCAUCAUCAUCAUCAACAUGAAAUACCACAUUACUACUUACUACAAUACAAAUUUCAUACUUGAAAGGCAGUAAAGGGAAGUGGGUCAUAUAGAGCCAGCCACCACUCCUUUUUCUUUCUUUGUUUGUUGUACUAUUUAUUAUUAUGAUCAUCAUCAUCAUCAUUAUCUAUAUCAAUAUCAAUAUCAUAUCUCCAAUUUCUGUAGCUUUGAAGUUGAACCACAGGUGAAAAAAAAGAGAGAGAAAAAAAAUUAAAUAUCUUUAGCUUUUGUAACAUCAUCUAUUAUAAUUAUUAUCACUGUAAUUGUAAUUGUUUCCCAUGAAUGAAACAAAGAAAGAUAGUCUCAAAA